AUGGACAGCUCUAGCUUGGUGAAAAUUCUGUUUGUAUUAUGCGGGGCGUUGAUGCAUUGCAUUAGAAAUAGCGUUGCAUUCCAUUGUGAUUUUGACGAUCCACAUGAUUUGCUCAGCAGUAAUGCUUUAGUGAGUUGCCAUUUGGAUUUCGAUGACUUCAAAUACGCACCUCUUGUAUGCCCACACCAGAUCAACGACGCCGAAUACGUAUGGCAUCCACAGCCAACCGUUGGCUAUGACGCUCGCCUCAACACUUAUGUGGUAAAAAAUGGCACACUUGUAUCCGUCGCUAUUUCGGAUGUCGUGCACUCUGAAUCUAACAAUCCAUCUGUUAGGUUUAGAUUGAACCCUUCACAAACUCAACUGUACUUCGACUUGCCAAGGCAUGAACUAUUAGCUAUUACUGAGCGCCGUAUGAUAUUCAUUUGUGGGCCGCGAAAUUUGGUUCUAAGUGAUGCAUUGCAGCGUCAACUGGAUAGCCUCAAUGGUGAUGUCCAAACGCAAGAACAUUCUUGGACGUCAGAAACAGCGUUGAUUCGGGAGAUUAGAAAAUUUGGUAAAGGAUUGGGGGUAGUAUUUUUGUAUAGACGCCGUCAACAUAUACCCCUUCAGGGUUGUGGGAGCCAUCCGUCUCCAUUGUUUGCUGCAGAUAAUGAGGUAACUGUGGACUCCAACACCGGUACACGUUCAUGUGUAGCGGAUCCCAUGUCAGAAUCACGUAUAGGGUUUUUUUGUGAAGGCCUAAUUGAACCUAAGGAGUGUAUGAAAUUCCUCUUGGACCAUGAUGGCAAAAUUGUGACUGCCCCCAGACCAUAUCCAUAUUGGAAUUUCGAUAUGCAUAGCCCUUGGGUAGCAGCGCGUUAUUUUGAUAAAUUGGCAUUACCGCGAUUUCAUGGCGAAUGCAUUUGUAAAGAUCACAGCACUGGCCAGGUGAAAGCCAGGAUAGAAAUCCGUCCGAAAAACGACUACGUUUGUGACAUUGCCAGCAAGAUCUUCCGUAACCGUCACCGUCCAAUCCGCGGCCCUUGGUGUUCGGUGGUACUUCAUCCAGGCAGUACCUUGACCAUAAAGUUCCCGACACAAAUUGCCACGUCGGUUUCAACAAACGAGCGUUCCGAUGAGGAUCUCUAUGUGGAUGUAGACGAAGAUGUUUCGAGUCUGCCAUUCUCUCAAUUGCCAUUCAUCUAUGAAUACGAAACUGAAUUUCUGCCCAGGAACUUGGCUACGCUGAGGCAACUUAAAACUGUAUAUGGCAUUGAUCUCUACCAAGAAGUCUUGUACCACGACGUCCUUGUCGGCGAUGCUCUGGAGUUGGAUAUUUCUAGAAUAUCCCACGGUGAAGUAAUGCUAAAAUACCGCAUGGGCAAGCCUCUUGCUCUACGAAGCGGAUUGAACUCGUUUUAUUUUCAUUGGACAUUGAUAUCUAGGAAUGACUAUGUCCCAGACAACAUAAGCGCCAUCGUCAAAGUCUCUUUGGCGUUUACCCACCAGUACGGGAUCCUUGGUUGCGAACGAGGGCCACAGAGGGUGUUCGAUGCGGCAAUCAGCGAGACCAAUUGUACAACCAAAAGGGUAGGGAACGGUGUAGGGAAUACUUAUGAAUGCGUGUAUGAUAUGAGGCACGGUAGACAAGUUGGCAUUCAUUGCAGACUCGAUGAGGAGUUGUUGCCAAACAACUGUGAAUCUACGGGGUACGACCUAACAUCUAACAAGAUUAUGCAAUUCACUGGAUCAUAUCGUAAUGUAACUCCAUACCCCAUUCGGGGAUUUCAAGUUUUCGACAUGGGUGCACAAGAUAAACCCCUCAGUUUUGCUUGUGUGUGCGUCGACCAACGUGGAUACGAAAAGUCGAAGCUUAUUGUAGAGUACAGCCAAAAGGUAUCAUACCAAUACAAAGUACGCGGUGAAGGGGCGUCACAUCUGUUGUUACCUUACAUUCUGUUGCCGUGGCGUGAGAUAGGUUUACCAAGUGAAGGCAGGUUUCCUUCAAAGUCGCUCAUCCUAAAUAACGUAUCUCAAAAGUCGGUUAUGCUACACGUAGGGAAAACAUUGCUGCUUCAUUGUGGCAUUGGUCCGAUUUCAUCGUUUCAAUAUGAACGUUUAAUGCGCGGCAGAAGUGCGGGCAUGAUAGUAACUACAUGGUUACCAAUGCAACCUGACGUGUUCUAUUAUGCCGUCACGCAGAGAGCAUACAACACUGAGCUAAUACGCAAAACAUACGAAGAUUCGAUAGUUAGCACCGCGGGUGGAUUUCGAGUCGUCUACGAGAACACGUAUUCACCCGAAUAUCAACGCUUGACGAUAACAUCACCUCGAUACGCCAUUCUCAUUUCCAAAGAUCCAGCUCACAAGGAAUACGUGCCCAUGACAUUCGUCUGCGGCAAAGCGCCUGAACAAUCUGACUUGUCCUUAGUCACAGGUGAUGUACCUAGUUCAGGCGACUCUGCAGAACGAAAUGUUCUUAUCAAUGAAUCAUCGGAGCGAUAUACGUGGAACGUCCUUGAUGUUGCCGUCAAGACCACUGACCCGUACAUGCAAGGCUGCGGUGUCACCUACGAAUCAGAUGAUCUCUUCAAGCCGGAGACUCCCAAACUCUACGACACUGACGGACGACAAAUCGGUUGCAAGAUAGACAUUCAGAAUGUUAAAGAAGCGGCUUUCUACUGCCCAGCACCGUAUGUCUUGGACCCACCCAACUGCUUCGACCAAGUGUUAGUGGAAGGAAAGGUGAAGAACCUGAGCGACAUCAGCCAGUCUAUCGUAGCGUCACAUUCCAACCACUUCGUCAUACUGCAGUUCGACAGUUCUCGUAUAGGGCGCGGGGAGACUCUGCGCAAGACACCGCCCUUAGAAUGCCAAUGCGUAACCAUCAAGGGCGUCAUCCUAUCCACCAUCCAGAUUAAGCACUACUAUUCCAAGGGAUAA